GAUACGUUUUCUUCUUGCUUGUCUGAGGAGCCUGUCAUGGCUUAUCAGCUGUUGGAACCAAAGUUCAUAUGUUGUUAUCAAUGGCAAGUUGUGUCACAGACACAUGAUGGCCGGGAAAUGGGAUUGAAGCAAGAAAAAGAGCAAUUUCCGUAAAAGAAGGAAUGAAAGUGAGAGAAAGUCCGGAUGGUGAAGUCUAUGGAGCUAGAUUUCCCACCUAACCUGAGGUCCUCGCUCGCUUCUGAUCUGCCUUUGACUUCCGCUGGUGAGCUAAAAUUCCUGCAGUUGCUGCGGACAUUCAGCCGAAGAUGUCAGAAACCUCAAGCCUGUAAUACCUCCAGAUAAAGAGAGGUAAAAGACACUGGGAGAGUGGAGUAGGGAGAUGAGGUUAAAUGCUGGUGAUUGUGGUGGUAGCCAUAAAAGUGUUUUGUUAUCUGUCGGUUAGCCGGCAGACUGGAAAACCUCCUCAGUCUGGCCUGCUCCCCCCCCCCCCAAAAGAAUAACUGCUCAGAAAAAAUACAGGGUGGCUCAUAGGAAUAGGCUGACGUUAGCCCUAUGGCAAAGUUCAAUGCCACGAUCUGAAAAUCUCCCCCUGUUAAUUUCUGCACAUCAAGCAUUUGUUGAAGGCCAGGGUUGGGGCAUGAGCUAUGCUUACUCAGUGGUGGGGAAAGCAUAUUCAGAAGCAUUGAAAAGAGAUUAAACUGAGAUAUGGUUAUGACAGCCUGAAAUGGUGUCCUCAGACAGUGUUUCUACAUUUACUUUUGGAAGAUCAUCUUCUGUGCUUCUAAAAGAAGAAGGCUAAACAGAAAUUCAACAGGUACAGCUUCUUCAUCACUGCAUUUCCAUUCUAGGAAAUUCGCAUCCGCUGAAUUUCUGCCUGUCAUGCAACUAUUAAAGGCACAAGAAAUCAGACAGAACAAAAUAUAGCAAUGCUUCCCUAUUCCUUCCUUGGCAAUUUAGACAGUCAGUUAUUUGCUGAGUUAUUUUUAUUCUGCUUUUAAAAGCAAACCCCUUGCAAGACAGCUACAAUAUAAGAGUUAAGAUUAAGAACAUCACAACAAAAUAAAUAUAAUUAAGAAUCCACAAAACAGCGUCAUGUUAAAGCAGAAAGAACCAGUGCCAGCAUUUUUUUAAAUGGCAGGAAAAAAAGGUUUUAGACUUUGUAUUUAUUUAUUAAAACUACUUUAUUAGAGAAAGAACUUUUGUAGAAUGGGACUUAGUUGUGGGUAGGCAUUGCUGAAGGAUCUUGGCCAUGUGAAUAAUAAUGCUAUAAUAAUUUAUAAUACUAUAUCAAAUUCCACUUGUAUAUAAAUGAGCUGGGUGGUUUUUAGUAUGAAGAAAUACUUGCUAAGGAGAGGUGUGUUGCUAUGAUGCCUUUGAAAAGCCAUUGGAGGGGGUGGUAUGUGUAACUUUCAUUUCUUGAUCUAAAUGGAAUUUUACCAAUUUCCUCAAAAACUGGAAAUGAAAGUGGCCAGGUUGUUUUUGGCUUCAGUUUGGUACCCUAUCUAGCAAAGUCUCUGGGCACCUUCCAUAGAAACACAAGGUAAAACUGAAAAGGGUCCCUUCCAAAUUUGCUGUGACACUUUGGGCAGAUCUAUCUACAGGACAGGGGACGCGGGUGGCGCUGUGGGUAAAAUCUCAGUGCCUAGGACUUGCCGAUCGCAUGGUCGGCGGUUCGAAUCCCCGCAGCGGGGUGAGCUCCCGUCUUUCGGUCCUAGCUCCUGCCCACCUAGCAGUUCGAAAGCACCCCUAAGUGCAAGUAGAUAAAUAGGUACCGCUUUAUAGCGGGAAGGUAACGGCAUUUCCGUGCGCUGCGCUGGUGCUGGCUCACCAGAACAGCUUCGUCACGCUAGCCACGUGACCCAGAUGUGUCUGCGGACAGCGCUGGCUCCCGGACUCUUAAGCGAGAUGAGCACGCAACCCCAGAGUCAGACAUGACUGGCCCAUACGGGCAGGGGUACCUUUACCUUUACCCUAUCUACAGGACAAUCUCAAAAUGGUUUCAAAGCCCAUGUUCCUCCACUGAAAUUGGCUGCCUUCUGUAGCUGCUUUUCAUUUUUGAAAAAAUGUUGGGAGACUGUUCACAUGUCCCAAAUAUUGUUGUUGUUGUUGUUUAGUCGUUUAGUUGUGUCCAACUCUCCGUGACCCCGUGGACCAGAGCACGCCAGGCACUCCUGUCUUCCACUGCCUCCCACAGUUUGGUCAAACUCAUGCUGGUAGCUUUGAAAACACUGCCCCCCCAUCUCGUCCUCUGUCGUCCCCUUCUCCUUGUGCCCUCAAUCUUUCCAACAUCAGGGUCUUUUCCAAGGAGUCUUCUCUUCUCAUGAGGUGGCCAAAGUAUUGGAGCCUCAGCUUCAGGAUCUGUCCGUCCAGUGAGCACUAAGGGCUGAUUUCCUUCGGAAUGGAUAGGUUUGAUCUUCUUGCAGUCCAUGGGACUCUCAAGAGUCUCCUCCAGCACCAUAAUUCAAAAGCAUCCAUUCUUCGGCAAUCAGCCUUCUUUAUGGUCCAGCUCUCACUUCCAUAAAUCACUACCGGGAAAACCAUGGCUUUAACUAUACAGGCCUUUGUUGGCAAGGUGAUAUCUUUGCUUUUUAAGAUGCUGUCUAGGUUUGUCAUUGCUUUUCUCCCAAGAAGCAGGCGUCUUUUAAUUUCGUGGCUGCUGUCACCAUCUGCAGUGAUCAUGGAGCCCAAGAAAGUAAAAUCUCUCACUGCCUCCAUUUCUUCCCCUUCUAUUUGCCAGGAGGUGCUCCCAAAUAUAGCACCUGAUUUUGCCCUAAGAAAAAGGCUAAGAACAGGGAUGGGAUCUCCAGAUUGCGAUGGACUCCAGUUCUCAUCCAGUCUGGUCACUGGUCAGAUAGCAUGGGAGUCGUAGACCAAUGACACCUUGCGACACUAUUCUAACCACUGUCAUAGGAAACUGCCUUAUACUGACGUUUGGUCCAUCUAUCUCAGUAUUGUUGAUAUGGACAUGCAAUGGUUCUUCAGGGUCAGGCAAGGGUCCUACCUGGAGGUGCCAGGGAUUAAAGGACCUUCUGUAUGCAGAACAGAUGCUCUUCCACUGAGCCCUUCCUGUAAAGGUGCAAGUCCUAGUUGCCUGGCCAUUGGCACUUUGACUGACAGCCUAAUUUAAUUUCAAACUGGAUGUAUCCACCAGGACUACCGUGGGUCUGGAACCCUAAGCACCCCUAAUUCCAGCUCCCAGCAUUCCCUCAUAAGAGGGGAUAGUUAUUAUAAUUAGUGUUGAGGCUAUGCUCACCGGAAAACAAAAGCAACAUAACCAGGCUGAUUUGGGGGUAUUCUCUCUCGCCUUCCCUAAGAGCUCGUCCACAUUUACCUUUUGCCUUCUGCUUUCUACUUACAGGUCCUCCCUUUUCCAAGCAUAAUAUUAUUAUAAUUAUCAUCAUCAUCAUUAUUAUUUUGUGUCGCUACUUUCCCCAGGAAAACCUGCUCUUUAAUGCUGAAUGGCAAUUUGUGUUUUCUGUGGGUUGCCAAGAGCUUUAAAGAGCGGGUUUUUGUGGGGAGAGUGGCAGUGCAAAAAAAAUUAAUUUAAUUUUUUAAAAUGCAAAUCCCUAAACUACAUAUACACACACACACACUUGGACACAGACCAGAAAAAUAUGGAUCUGUGCCUAGAAAUUGCAGCGGAAAAUUGGUGUGGACGAGCCCUAAGAUCUACUGCUGCUUCUGUUAUGCUUUGAAAGAUUCUCUCUGUUUUCCCACACAUAAAUUAAUGUCUGAAGUGUGGCGGUGGGCAGAAAACCACAGAAACUACUUUCCUAACUGGAUAGGGGAGUAGUAGUUUUUCUAGUCACAGAAGUAGCCGCUGCCAUUUUUGAUGUGCCCCCGUUACAGCUGUGAGCAAUUAAUUACAGGGAUUUACUUGUAAAGUUUAAGAAAGAUGUCAGCUAAUUUUAUUUGGGGACCAAAGGGUAAAAGCAUAAGUAGAACAGGAAGAAUGACAAGCACUUAGAGCAGACCGACUGCUCUCUGCCACCUUCCUAUGUUGUUGUUGACAUCCGUCUGUCUCAGGAGACAAUUGAGGAGUGCAUCUUUGUAGGGUGAAGUCAAACCAUUGGAGAGUUACAGCGCCUGCUGUACCUGUAGAGACCGAUACAGGAGAGACAUGUUUUGUUGCAACUGGGGCAGAGGAAGGUAUCCAGUUGGGCUGUUGCAGAUGUACCAUGGCAUUUCUUCUCUCUGCGCUCCUCCCAGCCAUCAUUCCUCCUCUGGUCACUGCUGUGGAUACGCAAUCUGACUGUCUUCAGGCUUUGCAGUCAUCUGCAAGGGAUUCCUACUGGGUGGGGUUAAUGUUCCCAGUCUUCAUGUCACAUUUGCAGACAUUUUUAUAAUACAGAGUUGGUCUGCCAACAGGCCUGGUGCCUGAAGCCAGCUUCCUGAAGAGCAUGGGUUGGCAAACUAAGGUCCGCUGGCCGGAUCAGGCCCAAUUGCCUUCUGGAUCUGGCCCAUGAGCGGUCCGGGAAUCACCGCGUGGAUCGCCAGCACACGCAUUCUUUCCCUCUCCCUCCCACACACGGCAGCGGCGCCUCCUCCCUCCCUCCUCCUGGCUUCUCCCUGCCCUGCCUAGAGGAGGAAGGGGGCUGGGCUUUGUUGGUGCCAGCAGCAACAGCAGCGCUUGAAUGGCUGCCAUUUUAAGCAGCCUCUCUCCAGAUCAUAUUCUCUAGGAAGGCCCAACAGACAGGAAGUUUAUAGAGCCAUUCCACACUCCACAGUAGUCAGUUAACAUUUGCACAGAAUCUUUCAUGCAGCACAAUCCUAUACAUAUCUACUCAGAGAAAUUGGUUUCACUGAGUUCAGUGCGGCAUGCUCCUAGGUAGAUGGGCAUAGGAUUGCAAUCUGCCCUCUCUACCACCUGUGCAUUUUCUCAGAUAAUCCAAAAGGGCUCUCCACUCUUCCACAAACAUUUAGUCUUUUUGGUCUCCUAUUUUAAAACUAUUGGACUAUAUGGAGGUGGUGAAAUUGACGGCAAAAAUAGUAACUUUAAGCAUAUUGGAUUACCUCCAUUUAGGUUCUGGAUGUUCUUUACUGCUUCAUCCUCUGCCACCCUGCGCACUCUUUGCAUUUCUCAAAAAUUUUGGUGACACGCCUAGAAUGCAGUUCCUUGCAGUGACAAACAGUGGAGAAAAUGAGGCGAAUCCUGUUCCAUUAAUAGUUGCAAGUAAGAGGGGAUUCCUCCAGCUGCAGUUUGUCAGGGCAGACAUCAAAUGCCAACAGUGUCCUUCAGCUCUCUAUAUUGGACAAACAGGCCAAACCUUACGCCAAAGAAUAAAUGGACAUAAAUCUGACAUCAAGAAUCACAAAACAGAGAAACCAGUAGGAGAACACUUCAAUCUCCCAGGACAUUCUAUACAAGAUCUCAAAGUAGCUGUUUUACUACAAAGGAAUUUCAGAAAUAGACUGGAAAGAGAAGCUGCUGAAUUGCAACUCAUUACCAAACUUAAAACCAUGGAGAGACCUGGUUUGAACAAAGACAUUGGAUUCUUAUCCCAUUAUACAUGACUAAGCCAUUUCUCACCUUCUCACCCCUUGCCUUUUCCUGUAAGACCUAUUACAGUCGUUAAGAGUCGUCAGCAGGCUCAUCUCAGCUAUCUGCCAAUCUCCCAUUCCCACCACCCUUCUGAGUAAUACCCCUCCCCACCUUCUCACUAUAUAGAAGGAUCUGGCAACUUCUGUUUCAGUGUAUCUGAAGAAGUGUGCUUGCACACGAAAGCUCAUACCAAGAACUAACUUAGUUGGUCUUAAAGGUGCUACUGGAAGGAUUUUUUUUAUUUUGAGAAAAACCUGUGCCUUCCCAAAUUCUGUGCUACGAUUAAAAGUACAGUAGCCCUGGCCUCUCUUCCACCUGACCACCCUAGAACAGGGGCAUGAAAAUGUGCAAACAGAGCUGUGAGAUCACACGGAGGCUUCUUUUCCCCACGACCAUCAGCAAAAAUAAAGGAUGCAGAGGUGUUGGCUGACAAAAUUUGGUUCAGAAGUUCAGCCCUGUAGAGGCUUGCUGGGACGCUGAACCUCUGCAGGAGUCGGGGUACCAAUUAAAAUAGGCCGUCCCAGGAAGCUAAAGGAUCCAGAUGGUUUCUGGAUGACUCCUGGGAAUUUUCGUCUCACCUGGGAUACUGUCAAAGCCAUGGUGGACCUCUGGAAUGGGGAAAUGACUCAGCCUCACCGAAUGGGUGUGCUUGUUUCAUCAGUAGCCAGGAGCGCUUUUGCACAGCUGAAGGUAGUGCAUCAGCUGCACUCCUUUCUGAAAGUGACGCAUGCUUUAGUUACAUCUUAUUUGUAAUAUGGAGAAAGUCUCCGGGAGUUAAACCCUGAGGAAAUAUCAGUACAUGCUGCCUUGCAGGACAUCUUCUGGAGAAGAAAAGGCUAAGACGUAAUUGCUUUGCUUUCCUUUGGACCCCAUCAGCUGAGAAGAGGGUCUUGUUGUCUGGGCAGCCCAGGACUUUGAGACACACUGCCCAGGCUUGCCCCCGGGGAGGUCACUAAGCGGGUUACCUUCACCCCUGGAGGUGCACUCCAUUUCCUCUUGAGAUAGAUGGAUGUCAAGUCCAGGGCUGGAUUUAGGUUUGAUGAGGCCCUAAGCUACUGAAGGUAAUGGGGCCCUUUAUAUGUCCAGCUGUCCUUUGUCAACAACAAAUUGUUGCUGUUUUUUUCUGUUGAAUAUAUGCUAUAUGGUAAUUUAUGUACCUAAUAGGUCCAUACAUGACACAAAACAAAAUACUGUUGCUGUAUGUAGUCUUUAUUUUAUUUGUUUUUUAUCUUAUAUUUUGGAAAUGUACAUCCAGUUGUUUUUUCCUUUAAAUUUUUUGGGGGCCCCCAAGAGAGUGGGGCCCUAAGCUAUAGCUUGUUUAGCUUAUACGUAAAUCUACUGCAAUGCGCUCUGACUACUGCAAUGCGCUCUAUGUGGUGCUACCUUUGAAGGUGACCUGGAAACUACAACUAAUCCAGAAUGCGGCACCUAGACUGGUGACUGGGGGCGGCUGCUGAGACCACAUAACACCGGUCUUGAAAGACCUACACUGGCUCCCAGUACGUUUCCGAGCACAUUUCAAAGUGUUGGUGCUAACCUUUAAAGCCCAAACGGCCUCGGUCCAGUAUACCUGAAGGAGCGUCUCCACCUCCAUCGUUCUGCCCGGACACUGAGGUCCAGCACCGAGGGCCUUCUGGCGGUUCCCUUGCUGCGAGAAGCCAAGUUACAGGGAACCAGGCAGAGGGCCUUCUCGGUAGUGGCGCCCGCCCUGUGGAACGCCCUCCCACCAGAUGUCAAAGAGAAAAAUAACUACCAAACUUUUAGAAGACAUCUAAAGGCAGCCCUGUUUAGGGAAGCUUUUAAUGCUUAAUAGGUUAUUGUAUUUUGGUGUUUUGUCGGAAGCCGCCCAGAGUGGCUGGGGAAACCCAGCUAGAUGGGUGGGGUAUAAAUAAUAAAUUAUUAUAUUAUUAUUAUUAUAAAUCCAGCACUGGUGCCAACCACAAUAGCAACAACAGCUCCGCAGGCCUAGCUUUGAAUAGUGUUUGGAAACUUCAGCUAGCAGCCAAUUGACCAGGGCUGAUUAUAAAGGGGAUGUGACUCCCUUGUUACCUCUUUCUUACCACAGCUUCACUGGCUACCAGUCUGUUAUUGGACACAAUUCAGAGUUCUGGCUCUGACCUGCAAAGCCUUACACAGCUUGGGAGCAAGUGAUCAGACGGACCGCAUUCUCCCAUAUGAGCCUACUUAGGGUUGUUGUUUUUAAAAAUGUUUUAUUGAUUUCUGUACAUAACAGAACAAAACAAAUACAAUCAUACCUCGGGUUACAGAUGCUUCAGGUUGCGUUUUUUCGGGUUACGGACCCAACGAAACCCGGAAGUACUAGAACGGGUUACUUCUGGGUUUCGGUGGUCACGCAUGCGCAGAAGCACUAAAUCGCUUUGCGCAUGCGCAGAAGCGCCGAAUCGCAACCUGCGUGUGUGCAGAUGCGCCGCUGCGGGUUGCGAACGCUGUGGGUUGCGAACGUGUAUCCCACACAGAUCACAAUUGCAACCCGAGCGUUCACUGUACAAGAAAGAAAUCGUAGCCCCCAACCCCAGCCAAGGCAAAGUCCAUCUUUCAAUUGUCCAUGUUUUCCAUAUCUGUUCUGGAAAAUAUCUGUUAUCUCAAGGUGUCUCUCCAUUGGCAUUCAUGUGUGGAGGGUGGUUGUGUUCUUUUGUGGUUGCAUAUGCAGUAAAACUGUAUGAAACCACUUCUGAGUGGGCAGUCUAAGUAUUUAUACGUGCAGUCAGUUGUUCCAUGAAUGCUAAAAGCUAAAGCUGUUGGUACCACACCUGGUUUCUAAUUUACUGGAGGCAGGGGCUUUCCAGAACUUUGCAGUUGUCAAUCCUGCAGCACUAACUAUGAAUAAGAGCAAUUUCCUAUGAAGUAAUCCAAGUUCUUCUCUAAAGAGAGCCAGUGUGGUGUAGUGGUUAGGAGCGGUAGACUCGUAAUCUGGGGAACUGGGUUCGCGUCUCCGCUCCUCCACACGCAGCUGCUGGGUGACCUUGGGCCAGUCACACUUCUUUGAAGUCUCUCAGCCCCACUCACCUCACAGAGUGUUUGUUGUGGGGGAGGAAGGGAAAGGAGAAUGUUAGCCGCUUUGAGACUCCUUAAAGGGAGUGAAAGGUGGGAUAUCAAAUCCAAACUCUUCUUCUUCUUCUAUAUAGGGAAAGAAGAGCCAUUUGAGGUUUCAUAGGAAUUUGUUGGGCUGUCAUCAUGCUAGCUCUUCAAAGACUUUCUUCCAGAAUGAUCGGAAGAAUUGAGGAGCUUGAUUCCACAUGUGGACAUACUUUCCCGUCUCCCCACAUCCCCUCCAGCACACGACAGAGUUAGAUGAAGCUAUUUGACUUAGGCUGUGGCGUGGCAUCUGCGUAGGAUUUUCAACUAUUUUUCUCCGAUACUCACAGAAAUCAGUUUGAAUGUUGUUGGGUUGUGGGGGGGUUUUUUGCACCAAAUUGCAACCCAUUAAGCAGUACUGAUUUUUCGCCUAGAUCUUUUCCCCAUAAUUGAUUUAGGGUAUGACACAGAUUCCCAUGUUUCUAGUUUUUAAUUAAUGUUUUGUGAUUAACAGAGAUUUGUUUGAACACAACAUGCGAGGAGUGUUUCAAAGGGCUCCUGUGUUUUGGAGACAAUGCAUUUGUACCCUGUGAUUGUAACUUCCUCACUGCCUCAAGGAAGGGCCUGCCAAAUCAACACCUGGUGGAGAAUAAUGAUAAAAAGGAAAAGGAAAAGGAAAUCUACAAAUCUAAGUGCACGGUCAAGUAGGGGAAGUCUAUCCAGUAAGAUAAGAGGUCAAAAACCAUAAUAAUGCUUGAUCUCAGGCUAGGGCAGCUUCCCCAAGCUUGGAUUUCCACAAUGAAGUGUGCCGUUUCUUUUUUAAAAGCCUAGUAUUUUCAUUGUUAUGUAUUCAGUGGUCUGUGUUUGCCUGAGCUUGAGUCCGGACUAAGGAUUCUGAGCUCCUGUGUUCUGAUUCGAUACAUGAUGUCCAAUCACAGAACAUUUCAGGAUUUGGGCCUCUGCCAUUGGCCCUUGAACUCUGAGUCAUGAUGUUUAGACAGCCAAUCACGUUGGGAGUGGGAGUGGCCCAGGCUCUCAGGAAUGUAUAUAAGCAGUUGCUUUGCCCCUGUUUCCCAGUUAUGUAGUUCAGUCAAGGUUCUGUGUCUUGCCUCGUGGGAACUCACCUACACUUCAUUAAUGGUUUACUUGCUAUUUUCUCCCACUUCAACAAAAGCUUAAUUCAGACACCCAGACACAGCCAAUGAAUCUUACCUCUUUCUGUCAAGAGAGAGCAGAAUCGGAAGUCAUAGUUUGAAGUGAAACUGCAGGCUGUGGUUUGUGCAUGCAGUGUUGCCAUGCUCUCUGAAUUGAGCCAAGAUUUAUGAAAAAAAAGUCAAAGGAAUUCAUUAUCUGAUAGUUCAACCCCACCCAAAGACUCUUGAGGAUGUUAUGUGGUAUUCUCGGUGAUGGCAACACCCUAUUAUCAGAACCUGGAGAAGCAGAAAGAGGACCCACCCCUGCCAUGAGUUUUUCCUGAUGGGUAAAGAGAGGUAGGGACAGGGUUAAGUUCUCCCUGCUCUGUGUAGUUAGCUAUUAAAUUAGCUGAUAAAUAGCAGAGAGGAAAAUCUGGAGAAACCUUGUGCACUUUCUAAAUAUUUUCAUGACAACAUGCUGUAUCUAUCUACCUGUUGCCUUUUCCUUUCUCCUUACGUGCAUUUCUCUCCCACCCCAUGACUGAAUUCCUCACUUUUCUUGAUGUGAGUAUGCUACAGUUAAUAACUAUAUUUUUCGUUCUCUUCCAGACUCAUCAUUCUGUAUGAUCAUGAAUGGUGCCGACCUUCCCAUCUCUGACAGUUCCUGGGGCCUGGAGGCUUAAGUAGGAAUGCUGGGAAGAGAACCAUCUAGCAGCAGCAACUGCUAGAAAUGAAAUAAAGAAAUGAUCACCAACUUGAGAAUUGCGCACCCUUUCUGGUGCCCUUUCCUUUGAAGGAGAUUGUCUCCAAGCACCCUGAACGGCAGGGCUGAGGCCCUCAGAUGCUUCACAGGCAUGUCAUCGGCCAAUGUCACCCCGAUCGUGAUUUGCAAGGACCACAGUGCCAACCACCGGCUGCACCUGAUCGGCUACAGCCUGAUCUUCACCGCAGGUUUGCUGCUCAAUGUGGCCGCUAUCUGGAUCUUCUUGAACUACCUGAAACUCAAGUCGGUGGUGAGCAUCUACAUGCUUAACUUGGCCGCGAGCGACCUCCUGUUCACCAUUUCUUUGCCCUUCCGUAUCUACUACUAUUCCAUGGAGCAGUGGCCCUUUAGAGAAUUCCUCUGCCAGGUCUCGGGCUCUGUCUUCCAAAUCAACAUGUACGGUAGCUGCCUCUUCCUGAUGUGCAUCAACUUGGACCGCUAUGUGGCAAUUGUCCACCCGCUUCGCUGGCGCCACCUCCGGCGCCCCAGACUGGCUCGGAUUGUCUGCCUUGUGGUCUGGGUGCUUAUCCUGGUAGGCUCUAUUCCUGUGGCUUAUGUCCACAAAUCCACUUCCUGUGUCAAAGACAGGAUGACCAUCACUCUUUGCUUCGAGAACUUCAGCGAGGGCCUGUGGCAGAAAGAGCUCCUGCCCUUGAUCAUCCUGGCGGAGAUCCUUGGCUUUCUUCUGCCCCUGACCUCCGUUUCCUACUGCUCGGUCCGAAUUUUCCAGAAACUGUGCCAGGCUGGUGGGAUGCAGAGCCUGCGCCAAAGGAAGACGCUUCGCAUGCUAGUGGUCAACCUGGUCAUCUUCAUUAUCUGCUUUGUGCCCUACAAUGUCGUUCUGGCAGCCUAUGGGCUGAUAAAAGCCCAGCUGAUCAAGACCGACGUGCAAAUGAAGGAUUCGGUACGGCAGGCCCUGGUCAUCACGGUGAUAUUGGCCAGCAUGAACUGCACUCUGGACCCCCUGAUCUAUUACUUCAACACAGAGGGCUUCCGAAACACUUUAAAUAAACUGAGGAGGGCGCAAGCUUGGGACUCUGAAAUGGGGACACUUGAGCAUCGGGUAGCGGAAAGUAAGUCCUACCAGGCAACAAGCGCCAAGCGAGGAUUCCCAGUCCAAACCUUACUCCUCCCAUACGAGGGCUUGCCAUUUGUUCCCCCUAAGAUAUUUUUGAACAGCCCCAUUGAAGAUUCGGAAAUAUAAGCACAGGGGGGUGGCUCUCCGACUGGUGAUUACUGCAAGAAGUGCUUGCUAUGAAUUUCUGAAUGAUGAACAGAGGGGCGGGAAAUGCGAUGAAACAAAACUGUAAAGGGGGUAAAGCCUCUUAGAACAUGGAUGUUUGGAGACAGUUUUGGACCUGUAGGGAGCAUGUUUACAUGACCAUGGUAAUCUGUUUCUACACCCUAGGCAUUGUCUUCUUCUUUAGCGAUCACUCGUAGCUGAGUAAGAUUGUCUUCCAUAAACAUGGUUUUAACCGUGGGUCCGUAACUGACUGGGGAGGCCAAUUCUGGAUCCACAUGACCAGUCAGGAGUUGAUCAUUGUGCCUUCCUCUUGGUACAUUUCUCCCUUUUAUCCUGAGUUCGAGCAUCUUCAAAGCUCAUGACACCUUUGAUAAAGGCUGUUCUCCAACUGGAGUGCUCGCAGGCCAGUGUUUCCCAGUUGUUGGUGUUUAUACGACAUUUUUUAGAUUUGCCUUGAGGCAGUCUUUAAACCUCUUUUGUUGACCACCAUCAUUACGCUUUCCAUUUUUAACUUCGGAAUAGAGUAGUUGCUUUGGAAGACGAUAAUCAGGUAUCCGUACAACACGACCAGUCCAAAGAAGUUGAUGUUGAAGAAUCUUCGCUUCAACACGGUGAUCUUUGCUUCUUCCAGUACACUGGCAUUAGUUCACUUGUCUUCCCAAGUGAUGUGUAAAAAUUUUCGGAGACACUGUUGCUUGAAUAUUUCAAGGAGUUGGAGAUGGCAUUUAUAAGUAGUCCCCAAGCAUACAGUAAGGUUGGUAGUAUAAUAGCUUUGUAAACAAGCAUUUUGGUUUCCCUGCGAAAGUCCCAGUCCUCAAACACUCUGCACUUCAAUUGGGAGAAAGCUGCACUCGCAGAGCUCAGGCGAUGCUGACCUAGGCAUUGUACAUCAUGUACAACCCAAGAAACAGGCCCUGUGGUGAACUAAGGCUGUAAACACACAGCAACUUAAAGUGGAUUGGAUGCAUCUCACAUGUAACUUGUGUUGUUCUCACCCACAUGGCAUCCCACACUAUCCCCCAUUCUCACUUGGAUUUUCCCAAUCCAUAAUGCGGUAAGGAAAUAAAAUUGCAUGUUACCCAGCUGCCGACUACUGAA